AUGUUGACCUUAGCCAAAAUUAUGUUGAUUUCAAUUUUGUUUAUUUUACUGCCACUUGGGAGCUAUGAGGAACAAAAUACAGGAAAAAACAUAUCACAACGCAUUCCAGAAAGACUGAAAAUGAUGGAAAAUAAGUCUAUGUCUUUGCUAAGUGAAGUAAAUGCAAAUUCAGAUAAUGUAAAUAGAAAUGCCUCCAAUUCCAAGGCAAGUUAUUCCACUCUUUUGGAUCCAACCAAAACCUAUGGAAAGAUAGAUUCCAGUGGUAAUGUUUCAACAGACAACUUUUCUCAAGAUCCAAGACCCAUAUCCGCAUUUUCAACAAUGCCACCCUUGAUUCGUGGCUCUGUUUCUAAAUUGAAUUCAUCUAUAACUAAUGAAAAUCUUUUGCCAGUCUCAGCUCGUCCCAGUUUUACACAUGCUGUAUCAUCAGAAAACACGAGUUGGUCUUUGGGCAAUGACACCAUGAACACCCCUGACAACAGUUCCUCUACAGUUAGCAUCCUCCCUCCAGCAUCAACUACCAGAUCUGUGACCCCCAUGGUAAUGGGACCGACUGGAUGGCUUACUACAACCAGUGAAAGCUUUGCUGCUUUCACACCCUACCAAGAAAACAUAACUCCACAGCCCACCUUAAAAUUCACCAAUAAUUCAAAACUUUUUUCAAAUACGUCAGAUCCUCAAAAAGAAAAUAAAAAUACAGGAGUAGUAUUUGGGGCCAUUUUAGGGGCGAUUCUUGGUGCUUCACUGCUUAGUCUUGUUGGCUACUUGUUGUGUGGAAAAAGGAAAAUGGAUUCAUUUUCCCAUCGGCGACUUUAUGAUGACAGAAAUGAACCAGUUCUGCGAUUAGACAAUGCAACAGAACCUUAUGAUGUGAGUUUUGGAAAUUCUAGUUACUAUAAUCCAACUGUGAAUGAUUCAUCUGUGCCAGAAAGUCGAGAAAAUGCACGUGAUGGCAUUCCCAUGGAUGACAUUCCUCCACUCCGUACCUCAGUAUGA